AUGCAUCAUAAUGGUAUUGAUAAAAAUGAUGAUCAUGAUGAAGUAUCUGAUGGUUUAACAUUGACAAAAUUAUUUCGACAUAAUGAUGGUUUAACAUAUAAUGAUUUUAUAAUUCUACCUGGUUAUAUUAAUUUUCCAUCAGAUAAUGUUUCACUUCAAUCAAAACUUACAAAAACAAUUACAAUUAAAACACCAUUUAUUUCUACUCCUAUGGAUACUGUUACUGAAUCAAAUAUGGCUAUUGCAAUGGCAUUAAAUGGUGGAAUUGGAAUAAUUCAUCAUAAUUGUUCAAUUGAUUAUCAAGUAAGUGAAGUCAGACGUGUAAAACGAUAUGAACAAGGUUUUAUAACUGAUCCACUUGUUCUUGCACCAACAAAUACAGUCGCAGAUGUUCAUGCCAUUAAAAAACUACAUGGAUUUUCUGGUAUACCAGUAACAGAAAAUGGAAAAAUCAAUAGCAAAUUAUUAGGUUUAAUAACAUUUCGUGAUAUUGAUUUUUUAAGUAAAGAUCAAUUGUCGACAAUACCUGUUAGUCAAGUGAUGACACCAUUUCAAGAACUUAUUACAGCAAAAAAUGAUCUCACACUCAAAGAUACUUAUCAUAUUUUACAACGUAGUAAAAAAGGUUUGUUAAUUUUCUUAUUCCAACUGAAAAAUUUGUCUCAGAUUUCGAAUAUGUUCGAAUUAUAUUUUUGUUAAAAUGAACAAAAUCGAAUGUUAUUCGAAAUAGUGAAAUAAUAACGAUAUGAAAAAAUAGUUCUGAUUAUCUUAAUCUUGAAAGAUGAAAUGUAGAAAAAAAUAUAAUCACGAACUAUAAAACACGAAAAACAACAUUACUAAUCUCUCAGUUUAUUUCAUAUACAUAUGUUUUAUCACUGAAAUACUGUAAUUUAUUUUUUAUUAAUGCACCCAUAUUGUUCUACAUUCAUAAAUGAUGUAUCUUCGUCAUAGUUGUACGUGUUAUACAUAUGACACGAGCUAUAUAAAAACUAAUAAAUAAUUCUAUAUUAUAAAAUUUAAACUAUAUUUUAUAUUUUGUUAGAUCUUUCUUGCCAAUAGUUGUUCAUAUAAGACAAAUAUCUAAAAUGUAUUGAAUAUUCCAUUCAGUUUCAUAUUUAUAGAAAAUUGGUUAAAUAAAAUCUUUAAAAAGGAUGUGACCUAUUUGAACUAUUCGAGAGAUAUAAAUAAUCUUUUUUUUUGAUACAAUUUUUGGAAUAUUUUAUACUGUAUCAAUCCGGUGUUAUUGUUAGAAUGACACAAUUUUUGAUUCAUUGUUUAUGUCAAAGUAGAUUUCUGCAGAAUAUAUAAAUCGUAUAUAGUUUUAUCUUGACAUCUAUUAUAUAAAAUAAUUUUAAUCUAUUUAUCCAAUUAUUUAAUGUUAUAAAUCGAUAUUGGUAUUCACCCAAAUAAAGAUAUACCUGUGAUAGAUACUAUCGAUAUCAUAGAAGCAAUGUUCUAAUUUAAGAGAAACAAAAAUGAAAUGUUAGAUUAUAAGUGCUGACUUUGCCUUUGAAUUGCAUUAAGUAAUGUUAAUUCGAAGGCUUUUACAUUAAGAUUAAAAAAGUAAUUUAAUACUUUAGCAUUAGUAUCAUGCUAAUACCUGUCAUAGUUAUCUCGCGUCACACAACAGUGGUAUUUUGUUCGUCAAGAUAAGACGCACGGAAAAUGACAAAACACCAAUCAUAUAAGUUUCAAACAUACUUUAAUGAUAUACACAUGAAUGUAUAUUUAUCAAUAUCUAUAGAGCAAAAGCACUUUCAUUGUUAGUAUGAAAUAAAACAAGUUUAAAUUCUUGUUUUAUUUUGAUAAAGAUUUUAUACAAAAUUCAUCGAGUGUAUUCUGCUAGUAUAGUUUUGAUCAUAUUCUGAAAGUCUCUUCUUGACAACUAACAUGACAGUGAAGAGUGACUCUCUCACAGCCUCUUUUACUUAAUCAGAUGAUCUCCGCACUGACUCGUGAUCAUUUGUUCUUUUGUACCAUAAAUAUAUAAUUGUAAUAUUAUUUCUAGGCAAAUUUCAAUUUCAAAUUAUAAGCUUUAGCUAUAGGUUAAUAUUAAUGUCAAGGUAUUAAAUUAGUUUUUCUACUUAAUGUAAACAUAUUAGCAUAUUUUAAAACAGUAAUACUAAGCCAGCAGUCUUAUGUUAGACUUUGCAUUAUUAUUAUAUCAAUGAGCAAAUACUGAACAUUUUAGUCUCAGGCGAUGUUGUUUUAACCUGCCAAGUCGAUUGUAAUUAAUUAACAAGCAAUUCGAAUAGAAUAAAUUGAUUUGAUUGUAAUCAAUAACAGUACUAUAUCUGUUUGAAAAGUAUUGAUUUAAAUGAAUGGAAAAGAAGCCUGAACAGUUCUUGAAAUAUAUGAACUUUCAACGAAUAGAGAAUAGCACGAUAGUUUAUAUCGAUUUAAAAACAAUUUGAUUUUAGACUUUUUAUUCAAUUGAAAGUAUACGCCAACUUCGAUUAAUACAUUUCACUCUUUUCCUUCAAUUCUAUGAAAAAUGAGAUGUCUAUUUUGUUCUAAUUGACUAAAAUAUAUUUGAGUUUUUGAAUAACUUAUCUAAUCGAACACAUGUGAAGAGUAAUCCUAAAGCAUCUUCGCAAUAACGGAUGUGCAUAAUUUAUUAAAAGAAAUUAUGUCUUGAGGCGGCUAAAAAUAUCAAAAGAACAGAUUC